AUGUACGUUAGCACACAAUUCAUUCGGGUAUUGGGCGGAGCCCCUACUUCAAUACUGCAGUUUCCAAUAAUUGCCCAACUCCUGCUGGAUCCCUGGGGCACGGAGCAAUACUCCCAGCACUGCGCUGGUGUUAUUUUGACUUCGAAGCAUAUUCUGUCUGCUGCACACUGCUUUCAGUUUAACAGCGAAACCGGGAAGAAUUAUACAUUUCCACAAUUUUGGAGGAUUCGCGUUGGAUCAACAUAUAGAAAUCGAGGAGGAGUCCUGCACAAAGUCAAGACUAUAAUUCCACACGCUGAGUUUGAUAAAUAUUACUUCACCAACGACAUAGCUGUAGUAGUUGCUGCUAAGAGGUUUACUUUUGGAAACACAAUACGGCAGGGUACAAUUACCAAAAAACAGACUAAUAUAGUACCAUUCUCGCUGUGUACAUUAGUGGGAUGGGGUGUGACAAAGGUUGGUGGGCAACAAUCGGACCAGCUUCAAUACGUAACAAUGUUUACAGUUGAUCAAGACGAGUGCCGAUAUCGUUAUAAAUCAAUCGGCUCAAGAAUAUCUGACUCUAUGAUGUGCGCCGGUCGUCUAGACGUGGAUGGUAUAGACGCCUGUUUCGGUGAUUCUGGAGGUCCUUUAAUUUACAAAGGAGUAGUGGCGGGCCUAGUAUCAUUCGGGUAUACGUGCGGUAACCGCAACUAUCCUGGCGUUUACACAAAGGUGUCCCAUUACAUUGACUGGAUUGUAUAA